AUGCCACCUUUGGCAGUUGUAGGCCUUUCGCUAAAAUUCCCCGGGAAUGCGGACACUCCAGACGAGUUCUGGAAUAUGCUGGCUCAAGGAAGGUCUGCUGCAAGUGAGUUUCCUGAGGAUCGUCUGAAUGCCGGUGCACAUUACCAUGAGGAUCGAACAAGACUUGAUCGUUUAUCCUUGAAGGGUGGAUAUUUUAUGAAAGAAGACCUUAGUUUAUUUGACGCUGCAUUUUUCAAUAUGAAUGCCGCCGAGGCAGAAGCAAUGGAUCCGCAACAGCGUAUCAUCCUCGAGACUGUGUAUCGGGCGUUGGAGAAUGCUGGGUAUCCCAUCGAUCAGAUUACCGGGACAAAGACAUGCGUCUUUGCAGGGUCAUUUAGUCAUGACUACCAUGUCAUGUUGACGAAAGAUCCAAUGCAGUUGCCUAAGACUUGUGCGACGGGAACGUCAAUGAACAUGCUUUCCAACAAACAGGGACUUGCAGUCGGCAGCAAUAUAUUGUUAGCUCUUGAUUCUAUGCUUUGUCUUGACAAUCUCGGGUUAUUGUCAAAGGAUGGUCAAUCGCAUAGUUUUGAUGAACGGGCAAAUGGAUAUGGUCGCGGCGAAGGGGUCGCAGCUCUUUUCAUUCGACCAUUAGAGGAUGCUUUGCGUCAUGGAGAUACCAUAAGAGCAGUGAUCCGAUCCUCCGGAGCAAAUCAAGACGGGAAGACUCCUGGAAUUAUGGAGCCUAGUAUGGAAAUGCAAGCUCAGUUGAUUCGGGAAACCUAUCAAAAGGCUGGUCUGGAUUUAGGGAUGACCCGAUAUGUCGAGGCGCAUGGAACCGGAACUGCUGUCGGAGACCCAACCGAGGCGCGUGCCAUCGGAAGUAUAUUCCGCAAGUAUCGCACACUUGAGGACCCCUUAUACAUAGGGUCUGUGAAAUCCUCCGUUGGUCAUUUGGAAGGCGCCAGUGGCCUUGCUGGAGUGAUUAAAACCAUCCUCAUGUUGGAAAAGGGAGUGAUCCCAGCCACUGCGGACUUGAACCAACUCAAUCCCAGAAUUGAUGGUGAUUUUCUGAAUAUCAAGAUCCCGAACGAAGCAGUUCCAUGGUCAGCAGAUGGCUUGCGACGAGCAUCAGUCAGCUCUUUCGGGUUUGGAGGAUCAAAUAACCAUAUCGUAUUGGACGAUGCACUCGGUUAUCUUCGAUGCCAUUACCAAAAUGGGAACCAUAAUGUCGUUCAUCGUCCGAGAGAGUCUCGCGACACUUUUCUUGAAACGACUGAAAUCAAUAAAGACCGUGAGACACCACGAUUGCUUGUCUGGUCCACGUCAGAUGAGAAUGGGAUUUCACGUAUCCAAGCGACAUGGAAAUCCCACUUGGCCUCACUUCAGCUGUUUGGAAAAGACAAGGAAAUAUACCUUGAAAAUCUUGCAUACACACUUGCAGCCAGGAGAAGCCAUUUGGCUUGGAGAACGUUUGCAGUCAUUCCAUCCUCGGGAAGCUGUACUGAAGUCAUUAAUCGAAUCUCUAAACCAACCAACUCCAAUCCGUCAGCAAAUGUUGCUUUUCUUUUCUCUGGCCAAGGGGCACAAUGGUAUGCUAUGGGACGAGAGCUCAUCGACGCAUAUUCCGUCUUUAGGGAUGGAAUCAGGGAUGCAAACACUUUCUUGAAGUCAUUAAAUUGUGAAUGGGACCUUUUUGAGGAGCUCGGAAGGUCAGAGAAUGACAGCAAUGUGAACCAAACGGAGUACAGCCAAACGCUUUGCACGGCCCUUCAAGUCGCUUUGGUAGAUCUUCUCCAUCACUUCAACGUCAUGCCCAAGUUCGUUGUUGGGCAUUCUUCUGGGGAGAUUGCGGCUGCCUACUGCGCCGGUGCAAUAAGUCGACAGUCGGCCUGGAAAAUUGCAUAUUACAGAGGCACUUGGAGCGCGAUGGUGGAAAGAAACAGUCUGUUCCAAGGGUCAAUGCUGGCGGUUGGACUCUCUUCACAAGAAGUAAAACCAUUCAUCAAGCGGCUGGACAACGAGUUCGAAACUUUGAAGGUGAUUGUUGCUUGUAUCAACAGCCCCAAGAGUAUCACAUUGUCCGGCGAAGCAAAUCAGAUUGAAACUUUGAAAGCCCAUUUUGACCGAGAUCAUAUAUUCUGCAGGAAACUCCAGGUAAAAGUUGCAUACCACUCCUUUCAAAUGAAAGAGAUAGCCACUCAAUACGAGGUGGCUAUGGGUGCCCUGGAGAAAGGCGUGGAACAAAGAGGUCGCCCUCAGAUGAUAUCCUCAGUGACGGGAACAUGGAUCGCGCAUGAUUUUCUUGUGCAGGCAAGCUACUGGGUUGGAAAUAUGAUAUCUCCAGUCAAUUUCUCGGACGCUUUAACAACUCUUCUCUCUGGAGAAACCGAGACCCGAAAGAGGAAAAUCGAUGGAAGCCAUCGACGGGCCUUUAAGAUUGAUCAUAUUCUGGAGGUCGGGCCCCAUUCAGCACUCCAGGGGCCAUGUAAAGACGUGCUUAACAACUGUGGCAAGCAAUCCGUCCAAUAUGAAACCAUGUUGGUCAGAGGCGUAUCUGCCAUUGACACGGUCUUGAAUGUCGCUGGUCGACUUUUCGUUGCAGGCUAUGCUAUUGACCUCUCACUGGUCAAUGCGUUUCAUUCUCUCCGGGGAAGCGAUAGAACUCUAAAAGCAUUGUCAGAUUUGCCGGAGUAUCCAUUCAAUCAUAGCAGAUCUUACUGGCACGAAAGUCAGAUGAGCCGCAACACAAGGCUACCUCAGUUUGCGCCGAACGAAUUGUUGGGAGCGCAACAUCCCAAUUGGAAUCCACUGGAACCUCAAUGGCGGAACAUAAUCAGAGCUUCUCAUCUACCCUGGGUAAAAGAUCAUCGGAUCAAUGGGUCUAUAAUCUACCCUGGCGCAGGAAUGAUUGUGAUGGUCAUCGAGGGUGCAAAACAGAUAUCGAAAGAAGGACGCAAAACAUCUGGGUUCAACCUCAAUGAUUUAGUCUUGCACGCUGCAAUUCAAAUAUCAGAUGUAGUGGAAGAAUGCGAAACGAGUCUUCACAUGCACCGCGUCGAGCAAAUGACUUCCAAAGAUGCUGACUGGUUUCAAUUCCGAAUUUACAGCCUUUCGAACAAAUCAUGGGCACUCAACUGCUCAGGAUCUAUUCAAGUCUUGUACCAUGAUAAAGAAUUCAAGCCUGCAUUCGGUUCUCAAGUUGAGCUAGAACUACAAAAGAGACAACAGGACUCUUAUUUGCAGACAAGGAAAAAGUGUGUUAUGACAGCCAACGCUGAAUCAUUUUAUUCUCACUUGAGAAAGUGUGGCUAUGGCUACGGUCAGGCUUUCCAAAACGUCACCAGUGUUGGUAUGAUUCCAAAAAAUCAGAAUGUUGUGGUUUGUGAUGUGCGAAACCCUCAUUUUUCUCGGAAUGAGACCAUUCACCCAACCUCGCUUGAUGCAAUUAUUCAAACUGCCCUAUGGCCUGCAACGCAGUUCGGUGACAAAGUUGUACCCACAUCGGUUCCUACAUUUUUGAAAAGCAUCUGGAUCUCAGCUGAAACCCCUCAAGCCCGCAGUGAUGUUCUUGAAGUCCACACCGAAACUGGACCAUCGCGCAAUGGCAAAUAUUUGUCCAGAAUUACGGCUUGGAAUGAAACAUCGGGAAAUCCUGUAGUGGUUUUAGACGGCCUCGAGUGUACAUCGGUAAGUGUUGUUUCAUCCAGUGAGACAAAAGCGUCUAGCAAGGGCAAACUUUGCCAUAGAAUCGAGUGGAAGCCUGAUCUCAGGCUACUUGAUAAUGAAGUCGCCAAAAAGCUGUGUGAAUUGGAAGAUGAUUUUGUGAGCCCGGAGGAACUUUAUAUCCAGGCUGAUUUUGUUUUGCUUGUUAAUCUGCUUCGCGGUCUUGAUGCGGUAUCACGGAAGGGCUACAAAGCAGCAAAAUAUCAUCAAAUCAAAUAUCUCGAAUGGUCGCUCCAAAAGAAACGGCAAUUGGAUGAGGGCCAUUCGAUGUUCUCUUCCAACCCCUGGAAGAUUCGCCUCACUGACCAUGCAUACAUUGAACGGUUGGAGAGUCAACUUGAGGCUGCGAAUGAUGAAGCCCGUUUUCUGGUCACCGUCGCCAAGAAUCUACCACAGCUUCUGACCAAUGAACUCGCCCCUCUCGAAUUUCUCUACACAGACGAUCUCAUUGGCAAUUACUACAAUGCGCUACAUCGAUCUCCUGGUGCAAUGCAGUUGAAAAAGUAUUUGGACCUUGAAGCGCAUCUCAAUCCCCAAAUGAAUAUCUUGGAACUUGGAUCGGGCACAGGAUCUUCCACUGAGAUAUUUCUUGAUGCCUUAGGCCGCAGUUCUGAUGGCUCUGUAUCUUCACGAUAUGGGCGGUGGGAUUAUACGGAUAUCUCACCAGGUUUCUUUGGUGGCGCGGCGGAACGAUUCAAAGAGGAAGGUAACCGGAUGAACUUCAAGGUCUUGAAUAUCGAAAUAGACCCUGAGCAGCAAGGCUUCGAGUGUGGAAGAUAUGACAUGGUUGUUGCAUCUCUGGUGCUUCAUGCAACCCCAGAUCUGUCCAAAUCUUUGACCCACUGUCGCAAACUGUUAAGACCUGGUGGAAAGCUCAUCAUAUGCGAAAUGACAGCCCCGGCUCGUUCCUCUGUGAUAUUUGGACUACUCGAGGGUUGGUGGCUGAGCUCGGAGCCAUAUCGUCAAGAUGGGCCAUGUGUUGAUGAGUCUCGGUGGCACGAACUUUUACUUCAAACAGGCUUUUCGGGGUGUGAUAUUGUUUUUCGUGAUUUCGAAGAUGCAAUUUGCCAUGAAAGUUCUUUCAUAAUCACAUCGGCCACAGCAGAAAUUCGGCAGAAACCGCAUUCCGAGGCAACUAUCGAAAUUAUCCUUGAUCCACAUAAUACUGCCCAGACGGAUUUUGGUAGCCAACUGCGAAGAAGUUGCGAGGUAGCAGGCUACUCAGUGGAAUAUCGCUCGCUUUCUUCAGCUCAAAGCUCACAUUCAUUUCUGAGAGUUUUCCUGCUCGAAUACAGCGACCCCUUGAUGUAUGACAUGGAUGGUGAACAAUUCCACACUCUUCAAUCUCUAUUUUUGUCAACCACCACCACUCUGUGGAUUACCCAAGGGGGAUGUGGAGUUUCUACUCAUCCGAAAUAUCACCUCAUCGAUGGAUUGUUCAGAGUACUUGCCGAAGAAGAUAACCGGCAAAACCGAUACAUUCUUUCACUUGAGACACUAGACUCAAAUGUGUCUCACCACAGCAGGUUGGCGAUGAGCCUCAUCAGCCACAUUCUCUCAUCUGCGAAAAACCAGUACAACGAUUUAUCAUUCAUGGAAGAGAACGGGAUGUUGCAAGUGGGACGUGUGGUACCUCAUUCAAAACUCGAGACUGCUAUUUCUGCCCAGGCUGAACCCGGUAACGCGACCAAGCACAAAUUUGGCUGUGGUAUCCCGGUGAGAUUGGACAAUCAGAGGUCGAGCCUACUUCAGGGAUUCCAAUUUGUUGAAUUUCAACCGAGCCCUCUUGCUGGAAACGAAAUGGAAGUUCAGAUCGCUUGUGUUGGAGUCAACUUUCGAGACGUCCUUAUUGCGUUGGGGCAGCUCAAUGAAGACAGUAUUGGACAUGAGUACAGUGGCAUAGUAACAAGAGUCGGUGCUACCUGCAAAAGGUUCAAACCUGGAGAUCACAUCGUCGGACUUGCGCCUAACUGCUGUGUGAGCCAUCUUCGCGUGCGAGAGGGAGAACCUGCUGUUCUGAUCCCAAAACAAUUAUCGCUUUCUUCAGCAGCUUCCAUACCAGUCAACUUUCUCACAGCGUACAUCGGACUUAAGGAUGUUUCCGGCCUGCAUGAGAGUCAGACAGUGCUUAUCCAUUGUGCGGCAGGAGGAACGGGACAAGCAGCAGUCCAGAUUGCGAAAUAUAUUGGGGCUGAGAUAUUUGCGACUGUUGGAUCUGAAGCCAAGAAGGCAUUUCUCGUUGAGGCUUAUGGAGUCAAGCAAGAAAAUAUAUUUUCCAGUAGGUCAUCAAUUUUCGCCAAGGCUAUCAUGGAUCGAACUUUUGGAAAAGGAGUGGACGUUGUGUUCAACUCCCUUUCAGGAGAGCUCUUGGUAAAGUCUUGGGAAUGUCUGGCUGCUUUCGGGACUUUUGUUGAGAUUGGUAAAAGAGACAUCAUGUCUAACAACAAUCUUCCCAUGGCCCAGUUUUCAAAGAAUUGUACCUUCAGCGCAGUCGACUUAGCUGAAUUAACACGAACUCGUCCGGAGAUUUGCACCUCGGCAUUGAGCUUGAUCUUGUCCUUGAUGACAGAGCAACGGCUACAACCCCCGAGUCCGGUUCGAGUUUAUGGAGUGGGUGAGAUAGAAAAGGCCUUCCGUGCCAUGCAGGGUGGGAAUCACCAUGGGAAAAUGGUGAUUGAGAUGCGAGAAAAUGAUCAAAUGGUUUUGCAAGCGAGAGGACAUAGCUCCUUUGAUUAUUCUGGAACAUACGUUGUUGCAGGUGGCUUCGGAGGACUUGGUCAGAUUAUCAUCCGGUGGCUGGUCAGUCGGGGUGUACGCAAUAUCCUCGUGCUGUCUCGGAGUGGACCAAAGGGAAACGAUGCGGAAACAAUGAUGGCUGAGUUGCAUAUUCAAGGAGUAAAUCUUAUGGCCCCACCAUGCGACCUUUGUGAUAAAAACUCUUUGUGCGAGGUAAUCAAUGAAUGCCAUUCAAUGAUGCCUCCUAUCAAGGGGUGUAUACAAGCGGCGACGGGCUGGCAUGAUAUUGCCUUUGAGGACAUGGAAUUCUCGGGUUGGCAAACUGCAGUCAAUCCCAAGGCACGAGGGUCCUGGAAUCUCCAUGAAGUCCUUCCCACAGGAUUGGAUUUCUUCAUCAUGCUAUCUUCCGUCAGUGGACUUAUAGCUACAAAGGGUCAGUCAAACUAUGCUGCAGGAAACACUUUCCAAGACGCAUUGUGCCAUUACCGUCUGGGCCUCGGCGAAAAAGCAACUUCGCUGGAUCUGGGAGUCAUGACCUUUGCUGGAGUCGUUGCGAAGAAUGAAGUGCUGCUGCACAGAACGGAGGAAAAUUCCACGCUUCGUCCAGUUACUGAAGGGCAGUUCUGCGCUGCGCUGGACAUCUACUGCAAUCCACAGGUAUGCAGGGAUAUGGAUCUAGACCAUCAGCCUUCUAUCGGUAUUCAUCCAGAGGUCACUGAGAGGGGCGCUGGGACAGCCUACUGGCUAGACAGACCAUUGUUCAACCAUCUGAACUUGGAUGACAUUUCUACUGGCCCCCAUCUUGAUCAAAUAGGUGGGCUUGACAUUGCAACUGCAUUUCGAACAUCGAAAUCCCUAGAACAGGUCAUCGAAGUGGUCACGGAUGCGCUGAAACAGAAACUCUGCAAGGCCAUUCUGCUCGGAGCGAAUGAGCUUGACAUCAAUCUGCCACUGCAUCAGUAUGGAGUUGACUCUCUAGUGGCGGUUGAAUUGCGGGCUUGGUUUCUGAAAGAAAUGCAGGCAGACAUCGCUGUUUUUGAUAUCAUGGGACGCGCUUCCGUGACUUCCAUUGCGCCCUUGGUGGCUAUUCGGAGCAAAUUAACCAAGGGAUGGAUUGCAUCGAUGUGA